CCGGAACCGGGACCCCCCAACCGGGACCGGCUCCUCCAGAACCCCCUGUCCGGUACCGAGCUCCCGGGCCCGGAUCGGGCCCUGCCAGCCCCGCCCGCAGCGCUCCCGGAGCCGGGCAGGUGGGGUCUCCCCGAUGCCGGACGAGCCGGGGGUGGCCCCGGGGUCCCCCCUGUCCCAGCCCCCCACGGGGACCCCCCAAAAAGGGGCGCGGCCCCCCCCGGGCAGCGACUCCGAACAGGAUUCGGGAUUUUCAGAUUCGGGCUCGGAGCACCUGGGCAGGUGCGAGGGAACCGACACGGAGGAGCCGCCCGGGCCCGGCCACGCCCACCUGGGGCCCACCUGCCUCGGCCACACCCCCCCGGGGCCGCAGCCCCCGGGAUCCUCUCGGGACCCGCGGCCCCUCCUGGUCCUGCUCCGCUCUCCUCCCGCCGCCGUCCCCGUUCCGGAGGGGACCCAUCCGUGCCACCACCCGGUGUCACCGGCGGAGCUGUCACCGUGUCCCCGGGGGUCCCCCCGGUUCACCGGGGCGCUGCUGGCGGCGCUGGCGCUUCGCACCGGAGCCCUGCUCCGCCAAAACCGGCGCACUCAGGGGGACAUCGCGACACUCCGGCGACACACCCGGCUGCUGGCCCGGGCCACCCGCGACCCCCGCGUGUGGCCCCGCCUUUGUCACCUGCUGGCCACCGUGGGACCCUCCGGGAAUCACCGGGAGCCUCCCGGUUUUGGGGAGGAAUAA